AUGGAUCUUCAAGAUGCUGAUGGCAACAAUUUCUACGGCAGAGGCGGAAAUUUUUCGGUAUGCUCUCAAGUUAGGGCCAAGAGACAAUGUCCCCGGUUUUUCCAAUUCCUUAGGGAGGCGAGACAUGUCAAGAUCCCAAAACUGACACAGGAGGGAAAAGCGAGGCGAGAAAUCGUGAAUUGUGGUGACGAAGCUUGCAACGAUGAACACGAGAUCCCAAAACAGCCUUUGUCGGAGGAAGCUGCUAUCGAUGGAUUCGUGGAAAUUUACUUUUAG